GAGUGGGACCGGGCGGGGGGUGGAGGAAGAGGCCCCGCGCAGAGGAGGGAGCAAUUGAAUUUCAAACACAAACAACCUCACGAGCGCGCACCCACCGCGCCGCGCCGCGCCGCGCCGGAGCGUUGCCUCGAUCCACGCCCGCCCCGUCCGUGCGGCGCGCGGGCGGAGACGCCGUGGCCGCGCCGGAGCUCGGGCCGGGGGCCGCCAUCGAGGCGGGGGCUGCGCGAGGGCCGGAGCGGAGCGGCGCCACCACCGCCGCCGCCGCCGCCGCACGCGCAAACUUGGGCUCGCGCUUCCUGGCCCGGCGCGGAGCCCGGGGCGCCCGGAGCCCCGCCAUGUCGCGAUCUAACCGGCAGAAGGAGUACAAAUGCGGGGACCUGGUGUUCGCCAAGAUGAAGGGCUAUCCACACUGGCCGGCCCGGAUUGAUGAGAUGCCUGAGGCUGCGGUGAAAUCAACAGCCAACAAAUACCAAGUCUUUUUUUUUGGGACCCAUGAGACGGCAUUCCUGGGCCCCAAAGACCUCUUCCCUUACGAGGAGUCCAAGGAGAAGUUUGGCAAACCCAACAAGAGGAAAGGGUUCAGCGAGGGUCUGUGGGAGAUCGAGAACAACCCUACUGUCAAGGCUUCGGGCUACCAGUCCUCCCAGAAAAAGAGCCGUGUGGAAGAGCCUGAGCCAGAGCCGGAAGCCACUGAGGGUGAUGGCGAUAAGAAGGGCAAUGCUGAGGGUAGCAGUGAUGAGGAAGGAAAGCUGGUCAUUGAUGAGCCAACCAAGGAGAAGAAUGAGAAAGGAGCGCUGAAGAGGAGAGCCGGAGACCUGCUGGAGGACUCCCCUAAACGUCUCAAGGAGACAGAAGACCCUGAAGGUGAGGAGAAGGAAGCAGCCGCCUUAGAGGGAGAGAGGCCCCUUCCAGUGGAGGUGGAGAAGAACAGCACCCCCUCUGAACCAAGCUCUGGUGGGGGGCCUCCUCCAGGGGAAGAAGUAGAGGAGGAAGAGUCUACCAAGGAAGAUGCUGAGGCCCAGGGCAUCAGAGAUCAUGAGAGCCUGUAGCCACCAAUGUUUCAAGAGGAGCCCCUACCCCGUUCCUGCUGCUGUCUGGGUGCUACUGGGGAAACUGGCCAUGGCCUGCAAACUGAGAACCCUAUUCCCACCCAACCCAGUCUCCUCUGUUCACUUUCCCCACUUUAAAUCCAGCCCCCUGGAGAUGGAUCUGGGCCUCACCUCCAGGUCCCUACACCCUUGUAAUCUGAGUCAGGGUCAAGUCUUCUGCUUUUGAGAAUGAGAUGAGGCCAUUGUGUUCCUUCCUGCUUGUAGCUGUUUCCCAGAGCUUCUCUCUGACAUUCCCUCUCCUCCCCUGGCCCCUGGGUUGUGAUUGGGUAGGAGUGGGAAGGAUGGAGUACAAACAGCAGGGUGGUUUCCUGGGUUUGGGAGGGGCGAUUCUCUGAUUGUAGAAGGAGGACAGAAGGGUGGCAUCUCUUGAGUGCCUAUCUCUUACUCCCACAUCUAUUUUCCCAAUUGCCUAGAUUCAUGGAAAGUGGGACAGCUUGUGGGGAAGGGGGGCUCCCUUCCAUAAAUCCUUCGUGAUUGUUAACACUCAUUCUUUUGUUUACCUUGGGAGUUGCAGUUACCAUCAAAAGACUUCAGACUUCCAAGUUGUAGGGCCAAGGACCUGGAGAUUUGAGAGUUGACAUCACCCAUCUGGGUGAGAGUGUUGAGCCUCUGUCUCUGGGGCCAAAGACGGCAUCACCUGGGGAGACCUGACCCCUAGCUGCCCUAGUCCCUCUUCCCACAGUGUUCAAGGCCAGCCUAAAAGUCAUAUAUAUAUAUAUAUAUACAUAUAUGUAUAUAUAUAUGUGUGUGUGUAUGUGUGUGUGUGUGUAUAUAUAUCACCCAGACGGAAAGAAAAAAGACAAAUUUUUUAGGAAAUGUUUUUAAUAAAAGAAAAUUACAAAAAAAAUUAACUUUCCCCCAACCCUUUGUGUGCUCCCAUUCUGCUCUUUUCUUCCCAUAGUUGCCCCCAUUUCUGAGGUGCACUGGGAGGCUUCCCUUCUGUUUGGGGAUUGAUGACUUUCUUUUUGUUGCUCAGGCUUUGGUGUUCUUUCCAGUGUCAUUUCCCAUCCACAUGCCCCAACUUGGUUCCCUCAGUGUUUGUCACCAGAUCGCAUUUGUAACCUACUGAGAGGACAGGGAAAUGCCCUUUCCUGGUCUCUUCUUAGUAGUCUCUAUGCCUCUUUUGUCUCUCACCCCUGCCCCUCUCUCUCGGGCUCUGAUGAAAAAUUGCUGACUGUAGCUUUGGAAGUUUAGCUCUGAAAACCAGUAGAUGAUUUCAGUUCUAGGAAAAUAAAACCUGUUGAUUACUA